AUGAAUCCAAACGGUAAUGGUAACAACAAUAAUCUAAGUCAAUUACAAAUACAACAAAUUCUUCAACAACAACAACAAAUGGGAGGUAUGAUAAAUCCUUUCAUGUUGUUGAAUCAACAAGGAGGUAAUAGUAGUGGAGGUAUGGGCAAUGGAAUGAUGGGAAUUAAUCCAUCAAAUUUAGCUGGAUUUCAAGGAGGACAAAAUAAUAUGACAGGAAACUUUAACACACCCUCUACAUCUGCUAAUAACAACAGUAAUAAUGGCGUGAUGGGACUUGUUAGAGCUUCUACUCCUACUUCCACAUCAACAACAACAACAACAUCUAAUGUUAUUCCUUCUGUUAACAAUACCCCCAAUACUAAUACCAAUCCACAAUCAGGAAAUCCAAAUAGUAUGCUGAUGGCUUUAAUGCAAGCAAGUCAAGGUAAUCCUACACUCAUGCCUUUACUCUUCCAAUUACAGAACAAUCCUCAAAUUUUUCAAUUACUUCAAGCAUUGCACAGUAGUGGAGUGAAUAUUACACCACAAAUGUUGCAAGCUAUAAUCAUGAAUCCAAACUUGAUUCAAACUUUAUUACAAGGAUCAAAUACAGGUGCUAUGAAUAUGAAUGUUACACCAAACAAUAAUAAUACUACAACUACUCAUGUAAAUAUUCAUCAACCUUCAGCAUCUUCAAUUCAACGAUCUACUCCAACAUCUAGUGCCUCUACACCUCCUCCAAAUCUAAUACAUCAAAAUGGUAACUCAACUAUAACGCCAAAUGGUAUGCUAAAUUUAAAUAAUCCUGUAACCAAUAAUCAAAUAAUAUCCUCCCAACCAAAUACUAUGAAUAUGUCUUCAAAUAUUAAUAUAUUAGCAAACAACCCUGUAAAUAACCCUGUACGUCAUCCUCCUUUUAAAACUGAACCUGUUGUGGGCACUAAGAUUGAGGGUUUUAAUCCAAACCAACCAGGAAAUUCAUUUGUUACUAUGAACAAUGCUAAUCAAAAUCAUGAUAUGUAUUCCCAAAAGGAUAAAAAGAAAUUAGCUCUCGAUCCUGAUUACAAGACACCUUUCCGUUCGAUAGACGAUUCGAUUAAAAGAUUAGAACCAUUCAAAGAAGCAUUUUACUAUUCCAUUAAGAAAGAUCCAAAUUGGGAUGAAAAAAUUAAGAGUGUAGCAGAAAAGUUUUCAAAACAAGCAAAAAUUGCUGAAAAACAUGUUAAUGAUGUUAUCUUUAGAGAACUAGAUAGGUACAUACCGAUUGAGCAGGACAUUUUCGUACAAAGAAAAAUUUUUGAACUUGAAAAGCAAGCUUGGGAAAAGGAAAAAGAGGAACUAAUGAGAAGAAAAGAAGAGGAUAACAAGAAACCAUCUAAUGUUGGAGGUGAUCAAUCUGUCAUUAUUUCAUCUGGAGAAGUUGAAGAUCCUUCAUUAGAAGCUCUGUUCCGAGAAAUUACUCCACAAAAUUUAAAUCAAUCCCUCAAUACUACAAUCCAACAAACUCAAUCCCAGUAUAAUUCAGACGAACUAGAUUUUGACAAGAUCUUUUCAGAUGAGGAUAACAACAAUAAUAGUUCUCUGUACCAAAACUUUUCCUUACAGAAUGAAGAUGAAUUUUUCGAAUAA